GCGAGGCGGAGUGACCCGCCCGGGGCAGGGCAGGGCUGAGCGCGGCUCCGGGGCGGGGCCGGGCCGGGUUUCGCAGGCAGAGCGGAGCGGGCCGGGGCAGCAGCGCCAUGCCGUUCGUGGAGCUGGACACCAGCCUGCCGGCAGAGCGGCUGCCGCCGGGGCUGGCACAGACCCUGUGCGCCGCCGCCGCGGACAUCCUGGGCAAGCCGGCGGAGCGGGUGAACGUGACGGUGCGCAGCGGGCUGCCCAUGGUGCUGUCGGGCUCGGCCGAGCCCUGCGCGCAGCUGCUCGUCUCGUCCAUCGGCGUGGUGGGCACGGCGGAGCAGAACCAGCGGCACAGCGCCCGCUUCUUCGACGUGCUGACGGCGCAGCUGGGGCUCGGCCCCGAGCGGAUUGUCAUCCGCUUUUACCCACUGGAGCCCUGGCAGAUCGGCAAGAACAGGACAGUCAUGACAUUCCUGUGAUCCUUGGAGUGCUGGCUGGAACAAGGCAACCUGGAGAUGAUCAGCUCUGUCUGUCUAUCUACAUGUUUCCACUUGUGAUCAAAUCUGUGUAACUUGAUUCACUUCUGUUUUUGCAUCCUAUACACACAAAGCUCAAGAGUGAGACCAUCAGCUGAACUAAUUUUACUGAAAUAGUUCAAAGUCUUUGUCUCAAGCUUAGGCCUAGACAAAGCUGCCUGUAGCAGUAAAAUUUUAAUUCUAGAACAUUUGGCUUUAGUGAGGACCAGAGAGGUUCUGAGGUUUAUCUAGUUUUUUUUCAUAGUUUGCAAGGCAGAAAAAUUCCUUUUUUCUGUUUCUCUGUGGAGCAGAAGGGUCUCAGGCCAGUGGAGAUGACCUGGAAGUCAAAUUCUUUUCUUUUUCAGGCUCCUCUGAAAGCCCUUUCUGGAAAGAGAUUAUUGGGAGAGAAGUUUAGGUACUGAAGGCUCAUGUCAGAUCUUGUGCUCUGUGCUCUGCCAUUGCCACCUCCUGUGUCUGCUCCUACAAAGUGUUAUUUGUUCACAAGGUUUUCAGGGUUCAAAGUCUGUCUGUUGAUGGCAUUGUCUGGAGGAGUCACUUCUGAAGACCUGCACUGUGCCACCAGAAAAUAUUUUGAAGUUUCUGCUACUCCCAUUUUUAAUUCUUGUUAUUCACUGUUUGUUCAGAGUCCUUUUCCUUGCUGUUAUGGGGAGUUUUGGGGUGAUACAGCAUCUCACUGUGAUCUGAGCUGGUGUUUCCAGCUCAGUGUCCCUGCAGAGAAGUGUUUUGGGUUUUUAGGACCCAUACACUCCCUCACUUUGUAACUAGAACACACAGGGCAUUUUAUUAAAACAAAAGCAGGGUACUUUUAGUGUACAAUGUUGCCUCUGCCUUAUGCUGCUAAUGAAAACAUUUAUCAAUUCCCCUUCACUUUGUGACUUGGUCAGUGGAGCUCAGGGAGCUCAGCAGAGCUGAGAGCACACCCCUGGGACAUGGAGGUCCAUCGUUCUAAAUGGAGUUUUAUUUGUUCAUGGCUUGAGGUAUUAAGAUUAUUGAAAAUAUCCCCUCUAAUUGCCAUUUAGAAGUUGUUUGUUCCCUAUACACCAUAAAUAGUUUCUUCUAUGUUUGACAAAUCUGACAAGAAUAUAAUACCAAACACAAAUUACUGUAUCAGGCUGGGGGGGCUACACCUAAUCUGGUUAAUAAACUCUUGUAAAAAUUA